CUUCGCCCUCAGACAAAUGCAGUCGAUGCUGAAACUAGCGUGAGUGUAAAGAUAUAUUAAGCUGGUGAUCAUGCUGGCUGUCAGAAGAGUUGUUUGCUCCAAAGACUGCACAAUUAGUCGAUAUACGACGGCAUUAACCAGUGUGAUCCAUAAAAUGACAGUCCGGCCGGAGAGACAGAGUUUGUCCUUGGGUGGUAUGUUGAAAGAAAGUAACGUUGGUAUUCAUAGCUCAGCCUGUCUGUCUGGAGGCAAUAAACUGAUGAAGAUGUUGAACAAAAAGAAGAAGAAACAAUGGUAUGACUCUCCUCCGCAGGCCUCAGCGGUCAGUCAACUCAGCUUUCUGAAACCAUCAAAGCGAAGUAAAGAGGACAGUGUUCGUGUGAGGACUCUCAAUAUCAUCAUCUACAAAGCAGUGGUGGACUUGCUGAGCUCCUAUGAGCUCAACUCAGAGAUCAGUUCCCACAGUGUGCAGAUCUCCAAAGUUUCACUGUCACCAGAUUUCUCUGCUUGCCGAAUAUACUGGAAGACGAGUCAGUCAGCUCAACAAGACAGCCAUAUUCAGCAGGCUUUAAAUAAAUGUGCUCCUCGCAUACGGCACCUUCUGAUCUCUCACCAAAUCCUUGGCAAUGUUCCGCCUGUGGUUUUAAUCAGAGACAAACAAUAUGCUGCUGUCACUGAAAUCGACAACCUUCUCAAGAAGGCAGAUUUUGGUCUAGAUGAAGAUAACAUAAAUCAUUUAUCUACCAACAAUGUCGGGGCCAGACUGCAGCUGAUGGAAUCUGAAGACAUGAAAAGACCUGUUUUGUUCGGUGUGGAUCACGAUGCUCUGCACAAACAGAUCGAAGCCUAUAAACGAGAGAAGGGGGCAAGAGACACUCUCACGCAGAGUCCUGCCGCUGGAGGACUAACACAAGAGCAGCUGGAUGUGCUAGCAGAUAUAAGGAAGAAAAAACUCAUAGAGAAAAAGAAGAAAAAGUCUAAAUGGCUGAAGGAUAAUGAUAUCACUCCUAAGGACUUUCUGUUGUCCAGAAGCCUUCAAAAAGAGGACAAAGAGGAGAAGGAUGGUGAUGAGGACAGCCAGGUCACAGAGUUGAUGGAAGAGGACAACAGCAGACACUGAAAUCACAUCUUUUGGUUACUUGUUGUAUAGAAGUGGUUAAUAAAAAUAUUCAAGCUUAGGCGAAAAAGUAAA